UUAAUAGUGUUUUAGUGAGAUUAUAAAGUCAUACCUGAAGGUCGGAGGGCUGCGGUGAACACCAGUGUCUCUGAGAGAAGCCAAUGGAGGAGCCAAGAUCACAGCUGCAGGAGGAGGUCGCAUAAUCCACUCAAGUCUCCGGGAAAGAAAGCAAGGAAUAAGGAAAACAUGGCCAAUGCUCAGGCUCCAGCCUCAACCCCAGCACCAGCACCUGCUAACCCUGAAGGCGGAGUUGAUGGAGCGCCGCCUCCAGUUGUCAUCAACAAGUAUUCCGAUGAGCAGCUCCGCACCAUCGUGAAGCGAAUGAGAGAGAGACUGGAGAUUUACAAGGAGAAAGUGACUGAUCAAAAUGCUUCAUCGCCAGAGAUCAGCCCGCCUGUCACACCGCUGUUGCGAAAAGACCACUACGCUCAAGUUCUCGAAGAGAGGAAAAGGGAAGCAGAGGAAGAGCGGAUAAAAAAGGAGGAGGCUGAACAGAAGAAGAAAGAGGAGCAGGAGAAGAAAAAGAAGGAGAAUGAGCAGAAAAAGAAGGACGAGGAGGAGAAAAAAAAGUUGGAGGAAAAAGACGUGAAAGAGGAGAAGAAAGACCUGACAGUCGUUUUAAAGGAGAAAAUAUGGAAUAUUGUGGAUGUCUUUUUAAAGCCCUUGGAGGACAGUAUGGAUUCUUUACUGGGAACCACCAUUGAUCCUUUUACAGAUCGUCGCUACAUCGCCUGGCUGAGUUUGGUGACGCUGGCCUUCAACUACAACACCUGGUUCAUCACUGUCCGCCUGUGUUUCCCCUACCACACCGAGCGCGCCAUCCCUUACUGGUUGGCCCUGGACACGCUGGCGGACCUGAUUUACCUGGCAGACAGCGUCCUCUUCCAGCCCCGCAAGCAGUUUGUCAAAGGGGGCGACAUCAUUAAAGAAAGAGCAAUGACAAAGAAGAACUACAGAGAAAACGAGAGAUUUAUGGUUGAUGUCCUGUCAGUCUUACCCUUCGACUUGCUCUACUUCCAAUUUGGGUUCAAAUCCAUUUUCAGAGCCAACCGCUUGCUGAAGGGAGCAACAUUUUUUGAGUUCAGCGACCGCUUGGAAAGUCUCAUGGCCAAGGCCUACAUCUGGAGAGUGAUUCGCACCAUCGGCUACCUCCUCUUUAUGCUCCACAUCAACGCUUGUUUGUACUACGUGGCUUCAGACUACCAGGGCAUCGGUAAAACCAAGUGGGUCUACUCCGGCCUGGGAAGUGCGUACCUGCGUUGUUACUACUUCGCUGUCCGCAGUCUGAUCAACAUCGGGGGUCUUAAUGAACCCCACACCGUCUUUGAGAUAACGUUUCAGAUGACUAACUUUUUCACGGGCGUCUUUGUGUUCUCCAGUUUGAUCGGACAGAUGAGAGAUGUCAUUGGUGCGGCCACAGCAGGACAGACUUACUUCCGCUCCUCCAUGGACGGCACUGUGUCCUACAUGGUGAACAACCGCAUCCCCUCCCUGGUCCAGAACAGAGUCCGCACCUGGUACACCUACACCUGGGACGCUCAGGGCAUGCUGGAUGAGUCGGAGCUGCUCGAUAAGAUGCCUUUGGUGAUGAGAACCGCCAUCGCUAUAGACAUCAACUUGAGCACUUUUCAAAAGAUUGAUCUUUUCAAGGGUUGUGACCAGCAGAUGUUGGUAGAUAUGCUACUCAGACUCAAGUCUAUCGUCUAUCUGCCAGGAGACUUUGUUGUAAAGAAGGGUGACAUCGGCAAGGAGAUGUACGUCAUUAAGAGUGGAGCGGUGCAGGUGGUGGGAGGACCUGACAACAGCAUUGUGUUUGUCACGCUGAAGGCCGGGUGUGUGUUUGGAGAAAUCAGCCUGCUGCAGUCAUCCAAAGACGGGGGAAACAGGCGGACAGCAAAUGUCAAAGCCUUCGGAUUCGCUAACCUUUUUGUCCUGGAGAAGAAAGACUUGUUUGAUAUUCUCGUCCACUACCCGGAGUCUCAGAAAGUGCUGGCCCGAAAGGGAAGGAAGUUAAUGAAGGCAAAGGGUCCGGCAGCUGCUAAAGCGGAAGAAGAAAAGAAGAAAGGACUCGCCCUUUUUGGACCCAAACCACCCACACCUAAACUACUGCGAGCCUUUGGUGGAGGGUUUAACAGAAAAACAUUGGACAAACUAAAAUCUUGUGCAGGCGGCCAGUGACGUCGCCUGUCUAUUUAUUUGACAACUCCGUUUUGGGAGGGACUGUGACUCUCAUUUUCAGCCUUUUAUAUUCAUACACCAUUUAUAUUUUUUCCGUCCGUCACAUUCGUAGUAGUUCAUAAUUGUAAUCACACAAUAAAUAUUGAGUGUUGUAUCCAAAUAAGU